CAGUGGGAUCUCACUGGAGUAGAGCAGAACUCCCACACUCAACAAUUGAUUGCAAAACUCUGGAGCUGAAUCAGCACUCAUAUCUUUGUGUUUUUUAUUUCACUUUUAACAAAGAAAAAGGCAGACGCUGGGUCGGUGGAGUUUAGGUGGAUUCUGUCAUCAUGUCAGAUGAAGAAUUUGUUGUGGAGGGACUCAGCCCAUCUCAGAGUCCACUGGUUUCAGUCACCUUUCAGAGAAACCAGCACAGGAAAGAAAAGUACCUGGAAGCUGAACCCAAAGCUCUCGGGAUAACUCAGAUUGGCCUGAGUUUGUUUAUGAUGAUCGGUGUGAGCGUGUUUCAGGCGAAGGGUCUGAGUGAACUACCACUUGACAUACCUUUGAUCAUUUUAUCUUUGCUGCUGAGGGCCUGUUUGGGGAUGCAGAUCGUGGCCUGUAUGGUGUCUGUCGUGAACAUCAUCUUUACUCUCAUCAUGCUUGGGAGCUCAUUUGGUGGCUGCUGGAUGUAUCAUUGGGAGAGCACGAACACCUCCACCAAAUAUGACGUAAUCUGUCGCCAGAUUGAGAACAUCCACUCCCACUUUUAUGCUGGAGGUGUGCUCAUUCAGGCUGCUCUGCUGGCCAUCUCUGUCACUCUGGCUGCAUACUGCUGCAAGGUGGUCAACUGUUGUGGYCCAGCUCCUAAAAUGCCGGUGGUCACAGUCCAAACACCCAGCAGAGUGGAAACAGACCAGAGCAACACACAGGACUGAUCUACAGCCAUAAAACAGCCACAAUCUAUGACUUUCUAUUAACAUCAGUUUUAUKAUGUAAACAGAUGACCACACUAAUUUUGCACAUCUUUUAAUUAAUCCUUUUAGCCACAUUUAGCUUAGCUUUUUUCAACUUUGUUAACUAUACUAUAUGAUAUUUUACAAAUAAAUAUUUUUGUAAAAAAAUA